CUAGGCUUAGUUUAAUAUCCUAACCCAGAGCAUCGUUGUCCCAGGGUUUCUUAUCUUUUAUGUUGUACUGUGAGUUAAGGAGUUAUGGGGUUAGUUAUGGGGUUAUGGGGUAUUUUUUAUCAUUCAAGAAGAUCAAUUGAUCUUCAUUACAACAUAAAACUUCAUUUCGAUAACAUCGUCUACUUAUCUAUCAUCUACUAUACCCAGUAACCUAUGUUAGGCAAUUAGCUGACGACGACCUUAGGUAAUCUCUUAUAAAUCGGGAAACAUUUCUUCUUUUUUCUUUUUUCUUUUGUUUAUUUCAACAUCAUCUUGUUGUCUCUUAUGAAUUUGGAGUUGGAGAACCUCAAAUGUGGCUACUGGCUAGGAACCAUGUACCCUAACUAACAUUUAUACUCGGUGAGGGGAUCUCGAUCAGCGAGACCUACUUACUACUUAGUAUGUAGUAUGUACGAAGUAUAUCAAGUAAUCAACCAGUUCCCCCGCACGCUAUUCGCCGUCGCCGUGCGGGCACAACAUUGAAUGAAAUGGCCUUGACUUCUAGCUCGGCCAAGUCUACCUAUGUACUUAUCAAUUAGAUAGUAGUAACUAGCCUUUAUCUGUUGGGACAACCCCCUUUUUACAUAUUAUAGUAUUCUUGAUAACCUUGGAAGACACCAUCAUCAUGGCACCUCAGCCACGUCUAGAAGGCAAAGUCGCAAUUGUGACCGGAGGCGCGUCGGGCUUUGGGAAAGGCAUCGCCGCCAAAUACGUCCAAGAGGGAGCUCGUGUUGUCAUCGCCGAUUUAUCAGAAGAAGCCGGCCAGGCCGUCGCUCAGGAAUUGGGCUGCCACUUCGUCACCGGAGACGUGACCAAGCGAGAGGACUGGGAGAGUCUCCUAAAAGCAGCCCUACACACUUUCGGUCAGCUCGAUAUCGUGGUGAAUAACGCCGGAGCCACGUAUGCCAACAAGCCGACGGAUGAGGUCACAGAAAAAGAUUUCGACCUUGUCAUGAAUGUCAACGUCAAGUCUAUCUACUUCUCCACUAAUGUCCUCCUGCCUUACUUCUUGGAGAAGAAGAGACCGGGCUGCUUCAUCCAGGUGGCGUCUACCGCGGGAGUCCGGCCGCGUCCAAGACUUACUUGGUAUAACGCCUCAAAGGCGACUGUCAUCAAUGCUACCAAGACGAUGGCAGUCGAAUAUGGACCCCAGCAGAUUCGCUUCAAUGCGGUCUCGCCAGUAAUCGGGAGCACGGGCAUGACACACCUAUUCAUAGGCAUGUCUAACACAGAAGAGAACCGCAAGGCUUUUGAGUCCGUGGUGCCAUUGGGAAGGGGCUCUACGCCGGAGGACGUCGCCAAUGCUUGUUGUUACUUGGCGAGCGAUGAAGCUGCCUUUAUCACGGGGGUCAAUCUCGAAGUGGAUGGAGGACGGUGUGUGUAAGGACCCUCAGCUUAGGUACCCAUUCUACCUGGGAGGUAUGUCUUAGAAACCUUGGAGCAUUAGGACCUUCCUUCUCGGGCCAUAUGGGAGGCUGCUAUUGAAGCCAUUAUGUGACGAAGCAUGCUAUCCUUCCGUCCGAGAAUAGACACGAGAUGACGCUUGCGCUGAUGGAGUUGGACUUCUUUCGGUCUUUGACUGUGAUAUAAUGUGGUGUCCAAUUCAUUUGCACUUCCAAGCGGAGCCAAGCCGGAACCGAGACGGAGCGACUCAAAUAUAGCUACAUGGGGAUGUCAUAGUAGUAUACCUACUAGUCACUCAGGAAGCUUCCAUUUAUAUAUCAAAUGCUACCUCAGGAGCCCGAGUCGUCACAGUCGUAGAAGUGGAUGCGAGGUUGUAUUGUAGUGUAGUUGUGAUGGGUGCUGACAUCCACCUUCAAGGCUCCCCUGUUUCCUUGCGCACCUAUGAAGUUCAGAAUCGCCCUGGUUUCCGGUCAUGCAUUUUAAUCCCCUGAGGGUUACCGACAAGGUGGGCUACGGUAGUUGACAUGUCUUGGUAUUAUUUACGAGUCAUCUAAUAUAUGUUGCAUGUUGUAUUGGCC